AUGGCAACAGACCUUUUGAAGGAGCAAUACAACAACCUGCAGGAGGAAAAUGAUCAAUAUAAAAAGCUCAUCAACCAGCAGAAGGAUUAUUUGGCCUCUCUGAAUAAGGAGGUAAAUGUGUCAGAGAGCAAAAUUCAAGAGAAGUUAACAGUCCCAGGUGGCCUCCUGAAACAAGAAGGGAAACACAGACGCCACAGGAAACACAUCCGUGUCUUGGAAAACAAACUCAACCAGGACACUAUUAAGUUUGAUGAGUUGCUGUGCAGGAACAUGGAGUAUCGCAAAUACAUUGCCCACCUGCUGCAGCAGAAAGGGGUAUGGUGCAAUAUCGAACAGAAAUUCAACCGACAGUUGGCUACACAGGAAAACAUCACAGAGAAACUGGGGGAGAGGUUCGCCCUCGCUUUCAACCAAAGGUCAGAAGCCGAGACCCGAAUGUUGGAGGUGAAGGAGUGCAUCGAGGUUGAGACAGCUCAUUUCAUCAGAAGAAGGAUGCAGCUGAAAACGCUCAUUGCCCAUGACGCAAAACUGCAGACUUUCAUGGAGACAAAACUCCAGGAAAUUUUUCCUUUAGAAGAAGAUGAAGACUCCAAGAAGAGAAAGAAACAACAGCAGUAUCAGAAUGGAGUUAAGAAGCUGGAGAUGUACAUGCAGGGACACAGCACGCUAGUGGAGGUCACAGGGGAGAGAGACCUGCAUCAGAUAGGCCUCAUGUUUACCCAGAAUGAGCAGAAGAAUUUUGCUCAUAUGCAAUACCUGAACGAGCUGCAUGACAGAAGGAACAUGCUGAAGAACAAAACAGAGCAGCUGAAGAGUGAUAUCUUGUCCCUAGAAGAAGAGAACAGAGGACAUGAGGAGCAGAUUAACAGCCAGCUUAAAGAUCUAGAGUCUGAGUUGGAGAAGUUUAGUUGUCUGUCAGAGUCCCUGGAGAAGCAGUGCGCUGUGGUUCAGAGAACUCUGGACCAGCUGACGACUGCCAUCAGCGGCCUUUUAGACGAGAUAAUGCAAGAAGCUGUCGUCGUCAAUCUUGACAACAUUGCACACUUUACAAGUAUUCUUGAGGAGAAUAUUAGUAAUCUGCUGAUCCAGGCCAACAACGUGGACGACGAGCAGAUGGAGUUAGCUCCUCAGGACAUGCUGUUGGCCAACUCUGACUUGCUACCAGAAGCGGAGGCAGUCGUGGAAACGGCACGCGGCAAGUCUCCUUCACGCUCCCUAAAGUCUGCCUGA